AUGGAUGGCUCCGUUCCUGCUCCGCAAUGGCCCGCCCUGCGCUCUGCGCUGGCCGGCCCUUCGCACGCCCAGCGCUUCCUGCGGCUGCACACGUCGCUGGGGAGCGAUGUGCUGGUGGCCGAAACCCUUGAUGGCGUCGAGCAGAUCGACGGCAUGGGUUUCCAGUGGACAAUCACCGCACUGUCGCUGGAUGCCGGCCUGCAGCUGGCGCCGCUGAUCGGACAGGGCGCGCUGCUGCAGCUGCAGCAGGCCGACGCCAGCCUGCGCCCGUUGCACGGUCGCAUCACCGCCGCCGAGCGGCUGGGCAGCAAUGGCGGCCUGGCGCGCUACCGGCUGCGCCUGCAACCGUGGCUGGCGUUCCUGUCGCAGCGGGUGGACAGCUACGUCUUCCACGACAAGACCGUGGUCGAGAUCGUCGAGGACCUGUUCGCCGACUACAGCGGGUUGGCGCCGGCCUGGCGCUGGUCGCUGGGUGACGCCAGCCAGUACGCGCGGCGCAGCCUGACCACCCAGUAUCAGGAAAGCGAUCUGGCCUUCGUGCAGCGGCUGCUGGCCGAGGAGGGCAUCUAUUACUGGUUCGAGCAUGCCGGCGAGCCCGGCGGCGCGGACUUCGGCACGCACACCCUGGUGCUGGCCGACCACAGCAACGACACCGCGGAGCUGGGCCGCGUGCGCUUCCAUCGCCGCGACGAGAGCGAGCGCAGCGACAGCGUGCAGCAGUGGUCCACCGCGCACCGCUGGCGGCCGGGCAAGGUCGAACGUACGACCUGGGACUACCGCACCCUGGAGCGUCGCCAGGCCAGCGCCGAGGCCGGGCAGGGCAACGACCUGGGCAUUGUCGACCCAGUACUCUGCGUUGACGCGCUGCGCGUGCGCGCCCAUACCAUCGAUGGCGCCGGCCAAUGGCGGGCACUGGCACCGGGCGCGCGCUUUGGCCUGUCGCAGCAUCCGCAGGUCGGCGAGGACGCACAGUUCCUGUGCCUGUCGGUGCUGCACCAGGCGCGCAACAACCUCGAUGCCGACGUGUUCGACGCACUGGAACAGACCCUGGGUCCGGCCAGCGUGGCGGUGCCGGCGCUGCCGGACGCGCUGUCCGGGCUGGCCUAUGGCCAGGCGCCGGGCGAGGUGUCCACCGCGUUCUACGACAACCGCUUCGUCGCCAUCCCGGCCGAAGUGAACUACCGGCCACAGACCGAGGACGGCCACGGCGCGCACCUGCAUCCGCGGCCGACCAUCACCGGCACGCUCAGCGCGGUCGUGGUCAGCGACGGCGACCCGCUGCUGUCCGACCGCGACCAUCGCAUCAAGGUGCAGUUCCCGUGGCAGCGCGGCGGCAACGCCAGCAGCGGCCUGGCCCAUCCCGGCGGCGACGACAACGCCCCGGCCAACGGAGGCGCCUGGACCUGGGUGCGGGUGAUGAUCCCGUGGGCCGGCGACAACUGGGGCGGCGUGGUGCUGCCGCGGCGUGGGCAGGAAGUGCUGGUGGCGUUCCUGGAAGGCGAUAUCGACCGCCCGGUGGUGGUCGGUGCGGUCUACAACGGCCGUGGCCAGCAGGACGCACAGCACAACCAGAUCAACGGUGGGGGCGCCACCGCCACCGGCAACGCCGCCGCCUGGUUCGAGGGCAACGACCACGCCGCGGUGUACACCGGCUUCAAGAGCCAGGCGCUGGCCGACAGCCAGGGCGGCACCGGCGGCUACCAGCAGCUGCGCUUCGACGACACGCCCGGGCAGGGCCGCGCGCAGCUGUCCACCACCCAGCACGAGACCACGCUGACCCUGGGCCACCUCAAGGGCGGCCAGGACAAUGUGCGCGAAGGCGAGCGGGGUUUCGGCGUGGAGCUGUCCACCCAGGCACAGGGCGCGCUGCGUGCCGGACGCGGCCUGCUGCUGACCACCGAGCAGGGCUCGCCGCAGAUGGCCGCGCCGCAGGCAUUGAGCCAGCUGCAGGAAAGCCAGCAGCUGCUGCAGCAGCUGGCCGAAUCGGCCGCCAACCAGCAGGCGCAGCUGCCCGGCGAGCCGACCGAGCUGCCGGUGGACACCACCCUGACCGAGCUGCAGGAGACGCUGCGCGCCACCUACAGCGGCAGUGCCGCCGGCAGCAUCGCCGGCGGCGAUGGCGAGGGCACCGGGCUGGAGCGCGCCCGUGCUGCUGGGCAGCGGUGUGGCCGCGUGCUGAGCCUGACCCCGGCCGACCAGGUCUGGGUCAGUGGCACCCACACCACGCUGGCCAGUGGCGUGGCACUGAACUGGAUGACGCAGGGCUCGCUGACGAUGGCGGUGGCCGGCGGUCUGGUGAUGUACACCGCCGGCGUGCAGCCCAGCGGUGAAGUACUCUGCGUUGAUACCACUGCU